AUGAGCGUAUAUACCAAGGCGCUAACAACUUUUGUUGAUGGCCACAAAUCGUCCGAUAUGUUUCUUGCUUCAUGCGAAGGAUUAAAAAGUUUAUGCCAUAGUGACAGUGCAUUAGCUGUAUUGGGUAAUGACGUGCUGAAAGAUUUCGAGACUCGACUGAGGGAACUUGUGUUCCCUUUGCUACAGAUUAGCGUGUACUCGAUGGAGUGUGUGGUAGCUCUGCUGGAAGUUGCAGUUGGUGUGGUUCCCCUUGUCCAGUCGGUGGAACAUGAUCAGCCAACGGAACAGGAGCCGGCGCGAAGCGAAUGGCUCGUGGCAGGUUUGCUGCACGUACUUUUUCACUGGGAAUCGUUUGAAGACGACCUGGAUGUGUCAAUACUGUUUACACUACUGCGUCGAUUUUGCGCAUCUUCAAAAAUUCGCAACUUCUUGUACGAGCACGUGGAUUACGGCAAGUUGGUGGAAAUCUUGGUUAGUUUUUCCCAAGAUAGCAAAUGGCGACGAUGGCGCAAGUAUGCGUUGAGCAUGUUGAGAUUGCUUGGGGAAGAGGGUGCGCUAGAACAGGCGAAUCAGAUAGGAAUCUUAGGUCCCGAGCAGGCCUUGUCAAGUAGCUCACAUUGUGACAGCACUACAUGCGCUACUCGUUGCUUUCACUGCCGUCAAGUAGUAUAUACUCCUAUGCAAGCCAAUCUGUGCGUUGUGCCUUGCUCUUAUUGCCAGAAGCCAGUUGCGGUCGCGUCCGAUAGCCGCCCUUCGACAGCUGAUCCCACACUUUUUUCUGUUUUGGACGAUGGCAAUGCUACCAACGAUAGAGCCUUCUACAGACUUUCCUCUACUGAGGAUCACAAUUUUGUGUGCGUCAACUGCAACAACGUACUAGAACUUCCCGACGGUCUUAGCCCUUCGGAGAUUGUGUGCCCCCAUUGCCUUCAGCUUGCCUCUGUGAAGAAGACAAACCAAUCUGGAGUUCCAGGGUUUAGCAGUGAGACGAAAAAAUCGUCGGUGCGGUCAAUGGAAUCUGGAACAAGUCUGCGUAAGGAUCCCUCACUAUCUGGUAUCAAUGUCCGGGACACUAAAGUUGUGAGUUGUGGUCACUGCAACAAACACUUGAUCGUGAAGAAUGGCGCGUCUGCCGUCAAAUGUCCGUCGUGUCAUGGCGUGUCCAAGUUAUCAACUACAACAAAAAUGAUGCGAUGCAAGAACUGUAAUACUCUCCUAAGCCUGCCCGCGGGUGCCAGAGCGUACAAAUGUAUGAAGUGUCUGCAGACUACUCGACUAUCGUAG